UCUCAGUGAAAAGCCAAGAAUGUCUCUGUUUCCUUUUACCCGUCCUGCUGCAAUGGAAGUGCUGCUGUUAGCUCUUACAACAAUCCUGGCUGUCACCUCAGGUCAGAAAUGUGAUGACGCUUACUACAAACGUUUGGGACCUGGUUAUUCCUAUGCUUACAUUGGGACACCUCCAACAGAACAAUUCUUCACAACACGAAAUCUACUCGACUGUACCGCUCUGUCUCUCAGGAGCCAAUCGGAAUUCUUUACUUACAACAAAGUCAGCCAUGUUUGUAAGAAUUACUCACCGAAAAAUAUAAUGACAGUCGUCAGCACGAAUGACAACAACGAGAUUUCCUUCUUUAAAAAUAGCCGAUGGAUUAAAGUAUAUGCCCUAUCUAUGGGAGCUGGUUCAAAAGUCAUGUAUUCGUAUUGGAAUUAUGGAGACCCUUCAACCUGGAAUGUAGACAAAUGCAAUAGUUCCUUCUGUCCGAACUUUUUCCGACAUCCCCUUUUUGAUUUCUGGGACAAUCUUCCAAUUGAUGAGGUGAAACUAGUGAUUUAUAAAAACCAAACUGCUGUGGUGACUAUGAUUUUUGAUGGACAAAAUUCAAAAUUAUCUAACUGGUUCAUUUAUGAGAACUUGAAAAGUUCUCCAUGGAUUGACCUAUCUUCAGCCAAGCCAGAUAUUUUCAGACUUUCAGGAGGAUAUGGGUAUGUUCUAAAUAUAUUUUUUCUGUUUCCCUAUGUAGAGACGUAUUGUCGUAUUGAGCUAAACGCACUUUUCUUAUGCUACUAA